UCUUGUCCGGACGCUAAUAAGACCCAAUGGCUGGUGCAAGGUGGCCAGGAGCUCUGAAACGCGACAGGAGACGGUGGACGAAGGAGAGAAGGAGGAAAAAAAAAAUUAAAGAAGACAUUUCUGGAUGGACAAAGAGGAUGAGAGCGCCACGGGAGCGUCUGUAGGAGCUGCAGCAGAGAGCCGUGGGAGCUUUUGGUGUGCGUCAGUCUGUGUGUGUCUCGUCUCGUUAAAGGAACUGCGUAAAGAGAGAAGCGCUCUUAUAACACAUGAUUUGGAAUGGACCCAGAUUUGACCCUCAUUGCCAUCACACACCUGGACCACAUGGGUAUCACCGUGAGCCACUGAAUCCUGGGAGCCCCAGUCCUCUCCAAUGAAGCAGUCUUGGUGGGCCCGCUUGGCACAGCUCGGCCUGCUCGCUGCGUGGACCUGCACGUGGCUGGUCCAGGGAUGCGGGCCGGGCCCCGGCUACGGCGUCCGUUCCAGGACCAGGAAGCUCACGGCCAUGCACUACAAGCAGUUUUUCCCCAACUUCUCAGAGAACAACCUGGGUGCCAGUGGGAGAGCAGAGGGCAAGAUCGCACGCAACUCGGAGGGCUUCAACGAGCUGGUGUGCAACUACAACCCAGACAUCAUCUUCAAGGAUGAGGAGAACACCAACGCAGACCGCUUCAUGACCAAGCGCUGUAAGGACUGUAUGAACAGGUUGGCUAUCGCAGUGAUGAACCAGUGGCCAGGGGUACACUUGCGUGUGACGGAGGCCUGGGACGAGGACGGCCACCACCCUCCUGGCUCUCUGCACUAUGAAGGCCGAGCCGUGGAUAUAACCACUGACGACAGAGAAACAGACAAGUAUGGUCUUCUAGCCCAGCUGGCUGUGGAGGCUGGCUUCGACUGGGUCCACUAUGAGUCCAAAUAUCACAUCCACUGCUCAGUAAAAGCUGAUCACUCUGUUGCAGUGGAAAAAGGUGGCUGUUUCCCAGGCUGGGCCCGGGUGACUGUCGCUGGAGGGGUGCAGAAGAGCCUGUCGUCCCUGGCUCCAGGGGACAGAGUCAUGGCACUGUCCGGGACAGGCCAAGUCGUGUUGAGCCGAGUCCUCUUGUUUCUGCACCGGGACCAGGAAAGCUGGUCUACCUUUCUGUCUCUGGAGACAGAAGAUGGGCACAGAUUGGCCCUUACUCCACAUCACUUGGUGUUUUUAUCCCCCCGUUGCAGACUCGACAGCAGUGAGUAUCAGGCUCAGUUUGCCAGCAGAGCCAAAACAGGAGACUGUGUUCUCAUCCAUGCAGCAGGUCAAGUACGUCCAUCUCGUAUCAUCACAGUUUCAGUCGAGGAGAGUGUGGGAGUGUACGCGCCCUUGACAGAAGCUGGAACUGUGUUUGUCGAUGGCGUGCUGGCCUCCAGCUAUGCUCUGGUGGAGGACCACAGACUUGCACACUGGGCAUUUGGACCUGUGCGACUCCUCUCCUCAUUCAACCAGCUACUUUGGGGGGAGACGAGAAGAGAACAGCAGAGCACAGGCAGUGAAACAGCUUGCACUAAGACUCCAUUUCAUUGUAGCACUUUGGCCGCAAAAGACAAAGGAGGCGUGUAUGUGAAUAAUGGCACUCUGAACAAGCGAGACGAUCUGAAUGAAGCUCUGAGGACGGAAAUGAAAGAGAAGCAGACGUCAGAUGUGCACUGGUAUGCUAGAUUACUGUACGGUUUUGGAUGUGCCCUUUUAGACUCCAACUCAUUUCAUCCUUAAAUGUUACAGCUUUUGAUACAUUUAACACUUCCUGCUCUUAACUUCAUUAAAUUAAAAGCACUGAAAUGGCUUGCUCUCUUUUUUUGUUUGCAUUAUAUUCUAUCAUAAUGAUAUACAUGCUAAUACUUUAAUGAUAUUUUGUAAGAGACUGAGCAGGUUGGUGUAGAAAAAAAAUCAUUCCAAAGUGACUGUAUCAUCUAUUUGUACAUCAUGUUAUUUCUUUUAAUUAUUUCAGUUAUAUAAUGUAAAAUAUAUAUUAUUCUAAUGGGACAGGAAUGAAUUUUCCCACAAUAGAAUCUUUAUUUUUGUACUUUCUGAAUCAUAAUAUAUAAAUGUUUCAUUUUGUUAUAAUAAUUCCACUACCUGUAUUGUAUGUCCUCACAUGUUGUAAAACAAAUUAAAACGUAAUUUUAUUAAGCAACA